GGAGUUGUGCGUCUUGCUGUACUGGGUGGUCACGGUGGAGGUAAGCCUGCCAGUUUGUGUGAUAGUCGUCCCACGUCACUGCGAGUGAUCUACAGCCGAGUUCAAAGGACACAAGCCCUGCCCUUGAUUCUGCCAGCGAGAGCGGAGCUGCGUUCUUUAUCAGGUGGAGGUUCUGCUGGGAGUCGGCCACUGCAGCCUCAGUCAGCCUGGGAAACACUUUCUUCUGCUGGAGCUCCCCCACCAACCAGAGCCAAGAUGCCCAAAACAGUCAACGUUCGCGUCACCACUAUGGACGCAGAGCUGGAGUUCUCCUUCCACCCCAACACCACCGGGAAGCAGCUCUUUGACCAGGUUGCCAGGACCAUGGGCCUGCGGGAGGUUUGGUACUUCGGGCUGCAGUUUAUCGACGCCAAAGGAUUCCUCACAUGGCUGAACUCUGAGAAGAAGGUGAUGGUCCAAGAUGUGAAGAGGGAGACUCCCCUGCAGUUCAAGCUGAGAGCCAAGUUUUACCCCGAGGACGUCAGCGAGGAGCUGAUCCAGGACGUCACCCGGAGGCUUUUCUUCCUGCAGGUGAAGGAGGACGUUCUGGGAGAGGAUGUCUACUGCCCUCCAGAGACCGCUGUGCUGCUGGCCUCUUACGCUAUCCAGGCCAAGUAUGGAGAGUACAACAAAUCAGUGAAUCAGCCCGGUUACCUGGCCUCAGAGCGCCUGCUGCCCAAGAGAGUGCUGGAACAACACAAGCUGUCUAAGGGUCAGUGGGAAGAGAGGAUCCAGGUUUGGCACGAGGAGCACGGAUCGAUGCUGAAGGAAGAUGCCAUGAUUGAGUACCUGAAGAUUGCUCAGGACCUGGAAAUGUACGGCGUCAACUACUUUGAGAUCAAAAACAAGAAGGGCACAGACCUGUGGUUGGGAGUUGACGCUCUGGGACUGAACAUCUACGAGAAGCAGGACAGGCUGUCUCCAAAGAUUGGAUUCCCCUGGAGUGAAAUUAGAAACAUUUCUUUCAAUGAUAAGAAAUUCAUCAUCAAGCCCAUAGAUAAGAAAGCUAAUGAUUUCAUAUUCUACGCUCCGCGACUGCGAGUCAACAAGCGCAUCCUGCAGCUGUGCAUGGGCAACCAUGAUCUAUACAUGCGCCGCCGCAAGACUGACACCAUCGAGGUUCAGCAGAUGAAGGCUCAGGCCAGAGAAGAGAGGCUACAGAAAAAGAGGGAGAGGGAUCAGCUGGAGAGUGAGAAGAAGAGGAGGGAGGCCAUCGAGAGAGAGAAGGAGAACGUGGAGAGAGAAAAGCAGGACCUGAUGAGGAAGCUCUACGAGUAUGAAGAGACAACCAAGAGAGCAGAGAGAGAGCUUAAGGAGCAGCUGGACAGGGCCAUGAGGCUGGAGGAGGAGAGGAGGAGGGUGGAGCAGGAGGCGGCCCGGCUGGAGGCUGAGAGGAUGGAGGCCAUAAUAGCCAAGGAGGAGCUGGCCAGGCAAGCUGAGGACCAGAUAAAGAGCCAGGAGCAGCUGGCUGCGGAGUUGGCCGAGUACGGCGCCCAGAUCGCUCUGCUGGAGGAGGCCAAGAGGGCCAAGGAGGAAGAGGCUGAGUCAUGGCACAGCAAGGCCGUGGAAGUGGAGGAGAGUCUGAUAAAGACGAAGGAGGAGCUGUACAGUGUGAGGAGCUCUACCAUUUCAGCUCCCGUUGCCGCUCCUGCUUCCUCUUCCUCCUCCUCCUCGGACAGCGAGAGUGACCACGAGCACAGCGAAGAGAACAGCACCUACAGCGCCGAGCUGCAGACGCAGGACAUCAAUGACUACCGCCAGGAGGAGGACCGACUCACUGAGGCCGAGAAGAACGAACGCCUCCAGAAACAACUGAAGGCCCUGAGCUCAGAGCUGGAACAAGCCCGAGACAAUGACAAAAAGACCCAGAACGAUCUGCUCCACGCCGAGAACGUCCGAGUCGGCCGCGACAAGUACAAGACCCUGCGUCAGAUCCGUCAGGGCAACACCAAGCAAAGGGUUGAUGAGUUUGAGGCCUUGUAGAAACCUCAGAGACCUGAAGAUCUCUCCCAGAUACCUCAUGAAGGCCCCCCGUUCAGCAAUGUGUGAUGUAAUUGCAGCCACACCUGAUUUUAAAGACCCAGAAAAGCAUAGAGCUGAUCUGUGUAAAAGUACCUCCAUGAGUUUUAGUUUUUUUGUAACACUCAAACAUCUCCAAUGUGCUGUUUAGUCCCUUUUAAAGCAUUAAAAAGCAGAACACUAGUAUGUUCCUGAUAUAUUGUACGAACAAAGCUGGUAUGUGAGGUUUACUGUAGAAACUACAUAUAAACAGUUAUUAAAAGUUAUUACAGUUUG